AUGAAUCAAAUUGUAGACGAAAUUAAAAAAGGUUACCUGAAAGAGUUUGAUUACAAUGAAUUUCAUGUUUUAGAAAAUGUUUCCGAUGGCUCAAGCGAGGUCAAGCAUGCUCAUAUAAAAACUAAUAGUAAACACGUUGUCCUUAAAUUUUUAAAACAAUAUCAAAAUGAAAAUGAAUAUUACAACAAAUUUGACAGAGAAAUCAAAGAAUUAGGUUUUGAUUAUGGGAUUUUUAUUAAUGGUAAAAAGCUUGGAUUUCUUGCUUCCCAUAUUUUAAUAAAUGAUGAUGUAAUUUCAAUGGGGCGUAGCGAAUUUCAAUACCUUCCCACUGGAGAAUAUAAAAGCCGAAUGGAUCAACCUCUGUCAAUCUAUAAUAAGGCUUAUUUCUUGAAAAAAUUGGAAAGUGAAUUCAAGGGAGCAAAAAAAAAUAAAUAUGAUUUGAGCUUAUUGUUUUUUGAUUUGGAUCAUUUUAAAAGUAUCAAUGAUCAAAAUAAUCAUAUAAUUGGAGAUUACGUUUUAAAAGAGUUGGCUAAUUUGAUUCGAAAUAAUCAUAUCCGUUCUGAGGAUAUUUUUGCAAGAUAUGGUGGAGACGAGUUUGCUAUUCUUCUCAAGGGCACUAAUAUAAAUUUAGCCUCUAAAAUUGCUGAAGAAAUUCGAGGAUCUGUUGAAGUCCAUUCUUUUACUUGUAACAAAACCAAAUUAUCAAUUACACUUAGCAUUGGAGUUUCUGAAAUGAAUUCGUCCGUAGAAACUGGUGACGAUUUACUUCUCCAUGCUGACAAUGCAUCAAAGAAGGCUAAGGAGUACGGCCGCAAUCGAGUAGAAGUAUGGAAAUCGUUUUCUUCCCUUUCAUCAACAAUUAAUGAUUCCUUUUUUUCAACAAUGGAUUCUUCUUUUUCUCAGGCAAUGGACGACGAAAUUGGCAUCACAGUAAUUAAAUUAGAUUCAGAAAAUAAAAAGACAGAAUGUUAUAUGUAUUUUCCUAGAAAGGAAACUCUUAAUUUUAUUCGAACUAAACUCGAAGAAUAUGAUGAUUUUUAUAUUGGAACUAAUUGUCAUUUUAUAAAAAAUAAGGCUCCAGUUUUACGGAAAGAUGAGUCAAAACUGAAUUUUUUGCGAAUCAUCGAAACACGUGAUAAUAACAAUUUUUUGUAUAUUAAAGAAAAAGCAGAAUUCGAUAGGUUACUGUUAAAAGGCGAGAAAGGUUUCAAAUUUUGUAAAGAUGGUUCUAUUGAAAAUGCUAGAGAUAAAGCUUUUAAGAUCGACAUCAACAAAAUUGAAUUUUCGGAUCCAAGAUAUGACUUUGAAGACCUACCAUACGAAUGCAAUCAUGCACCUAAUGCUAAUUGUAAACGCAGUGUUAUAAUUGAUGGGAAAUUUUCGGACGCUUUAGAAUGGUUUUGUAAUUCGCUUAAAUUAUCACGAAUAAACAUUAAACCACCUACUGUGCAUUUACGUGAAUGGAGACCACAAAAGGAAAUCACAAUUUUAGACAUUAGUGCAACUAAUAAAUUUAUUGAAGAUGUCAAGGAUGCAAUAAAUAAUAAUAAAGACAAUGAAGAUAUAAUAAAGCAACUCCGUAAUGUGUCGGAAAAAUAUGGACAUUUUUAUGCUCAUCGUCUUAUUUUAGGAGGGGCUAUAGUUAAAAACAAAUCAGUUAUUUCUACCUCUGUUAUCGGCGGGAACAAAUACAAAUACUUCAAUGAAAAUAUAAAUCCUUGGGACGAAUCUCUCGGCAAUGCAUCUACUUGGAAAAUAAUUGGUUAUGACAAAAUUUAUUCAUUGUUUGAAUUAUUGGAUGAGGAUUUACAAAAAGAAGUUUUGAGUGCUUUGGGACACCGAAUUUUAAAAGCUGGUACUAAAGAUAUCAAUUUUGAUUUAAGAAAUUCUACGAAUUCAAUACCACCAUACAUUCAUAAUUUGUCUUCGCGCAUAAAGGAAAUUGGAAAUAUACAUAAUUACCAAAUUUUCGCGUCAAUAAUGAGCAAAAGUGAUAAAAAUUUGUUUUCUGCUCAUGUAGAUUAUUUGAACAAAGAUAAAAAUACACCCGUAAUUGUUGUUCACAAUAUUAAAAGGGAAAAUUCCAAAGCGGAUUCUCAUUCAAGUUCUAUGGGUAAUAUUGAUUUCAUGAGGAAAGAAAAUCCUCAAUUAAGCACUGCAAGCAUUGUGGAAUCAACAGAAAAUAUCUCGUAUGACUUAAAAUAUGAUCCGAAGACAACAGAAAUUAUCGUUGGUACACAUUUCUCAACUUAUAAGGA